UGCUCCAUUGUCACGUCCGGCUACUUUGGAUUGAUCUUCAUGAAAGAGCCGACAUUCAUCCUUCAGAAUCCACGAAAGACAAUGGCCAAGGAUGCUGUGCAGAGGUUGUCGGCUUUGGCUCAGGCCAUAUCGGCACAGUGGUUUGGGAACCACGUGACGCUGUCUGGAUGGAAUAACAUCUGGUUGAGCCGAGCACUCGCCGGAUUCAACAAGUACUCGGCGCUGAAGAAAAUCGACCCCUACUGGGAUUCCGUAAGUCAUCAGUCCCGCCACGUUUAACUUAUCCUAACAGAUUGAAAGGCACGUUACUUGGUUUGCAUAUUACACGUGCGAGUCAACGCAUACAUGUACUGUGAUCGUAGCAGACCUCUGAAUCCUGCACA